AUGACUGUUUUUAACGAGACUAAACUUGUAGAUUUCAAAAGUUCACCGCCGCAUCUUCAGUUCAACAAGUACGUUUUGACUGGAUACCGACCGGUAUCCACGUGCAAGGAAUGUCUCCGAAGUUUGUUUUACAUGCACAACGAAUUUGGGAACAUCUAUACGCACGGCAUCACGUUCAUGUGCUUGCUGGUGCUUCUACCACUGCACCUUCCUUGGGCAGAAGUGGAUGCAUGGUGGAUGUGCACGGUGCACUACCUGGCCUGUCUCUCGCCCACCGUUGGUUCUGUCCUCUACCACGUCUUCAUGAACCAUAAGGGGGGUGCACGUGUCUACCACGCCCUGCUCUCAUGCGACAUGUUAGGUGUCUGGCUCAUCAACACACUUGGUGCUCUGCCCAUAGUUCACAUCACACUGCUGUGCCAGCCGCUGCCACGGCGACGGGUUGCCAUGCUCACCUACCUGCUGUUCUCCUGUCAUGGCGUACACAGUGCCAUGACUGCCCGCAGCAGUGGCCUCCGCCUGCGCUCCUUCACCUGGCAGGUCCUCUUCCGUGCCUUCCUCUUCCUGCUGCGUUGGAUUGGCUGCGGGACAGGAAGUCCCGGCUCGCUGCACCUCUACCUGACUAUGGAUUUGCUGGCGCUGCUGGGAGGACUUGUCAAUAUCUCCCGCGUCCCAGAACGGUUCAGCCCCGGUCGCUUUGACUACUGGCUCAACAGCCACCAGAUAAUGCAUGUGAUUGUGGCGCUGUCCAUUUUGUACCUGCACUGGGGGAUGCUGGAGGAUUUGGCCUGGUUGAGGGUCUACCAGUGUCCCAGAGAGUAA